CUUCCCUCCGACGCCCUCCUCCUAUCAGCAAUCGUCCCCGACGACGACGACGACGACGACCAUGGCCUCCCAUUCACACCCAUCGUCGACAGCGAACAUAGUUGGCAUCCACUAUCGUGUCGGCAAGAAGAUUGGAGAGGGCUCGUUUGGCGUAAUCUUCGAGGGCACCAAUCUGCUCAACUCUCAAACGGUCGCCAUCAAGUUUGAACCAAGAAAGGCGGAAGCGCCCCAGCUUCGGGAUGAAUGUCGCUCUUAUCGUAUUCUGGCGGGCUGCACUGGAAUCCCCCAAAUAUACCAUUUCGGUCAAGAAGGCUUGCACAACAUCCUCGUAAUUGACCUUCUUGGUCCAAGUCUUGAAGAUCUCUUCGACAUGUGUGGUCGCAAGUUCAGCAUCAAGACCGUUUGCAUGGCAGCCAAGCAAAUGAUUACUCGUGUCCAGACCAUCCAUGAGAAGAACCUCAUUUACCGCGACAUUAAGCCAGACAACUUUUUGAUUGGUCGUCCAGGCACCAAGGGGGCCAACGUUAUCCACGUUGUCGACUUUGGAAUGGCGAAGCAGUACCGUGACCCGAAGACGAAGCAGCACAUCCCCUAUCGGGAACGGAAGAGUCUCAGCGGAACCGCGCGGUACAUGAGCAUCAAUACGCACCUGGGCAGAGAGCAAUCUAGAAGAGAUGAUCUCGAAGCUCUUGGUCAUGUAUUCAUGUACUUUUUACGUGGUAGCCUGCCAUGGCAAGGUUUGAAGGCCGCUACCAACAAGCAGAAGUACGAGAAGAUUGGAGAGAAGAAGCAAACUACGCCAAUUAAAGAGCUAUGCGAAGGAUUUCCAGAGGAGUUUGGCAUUUAUCUGAACUAUGUUCGCAAACUUGGAUUCGAAGAGACGCCCGAUUACGACUUCUUGCGUGAAUUGUUCACCAAGGUUCUAAAGAGCAAUGGUGAUGUUGAGGAUAAUGUAUUUGACUGGAACUUACUUAACGAUGGUCGGGGCUGGGAAGCUUCGUUGAAUCAAAGCCAAAUUUUGCCUCCAAUGCAACCCACUAACGAUAGACGACGCGGCGAUGGCCGUGAAGAUCGUAGACGAUCCCAACAGGGUGUUGUACCACCGUCGCCCGCUCUCGUACGAACUGGCUCGAAGCAACGCAAGGGCCCGGGCGCGGGCCAGAUGACACCGCACAUGAACGUUCCUGCGGCCAAUCGUAUGAGUGGGGCACAGCAUCCUUAUGCAAACGCAGGGGGGUAUGACUACGGUGCGGUGGACGAUCCUUAUCGCAACCAACCGUAUGGUCGCGCAUCCCCCAUGGUGCCUAAUGCUAGCGCCGCACCACCCACCAUGACCAACGCACGAGCGUCUGCCACUCCAGGGGACUACAAUCAGCAAGGUGGCGAAGAGCCUGCACCAAAACCAUCCCUGCUCCGAAUCUUGACAUGUAGAUGUUGAGGACGAAGGGCAUCGUUUCCAGCUUCUCUUAUCCAUUCACGAAAACGCUCGUUUUGGCAUCGUUAAUAUCUUCCUUAACGCCGUUCCAGUCUGCAGGACUUAAUGACUCCACAUCUUUCUCUCGGGUGUUCUCUGCCUUCGUCGCUUUCGAGGUUGCUUUUUCCCUUUUGAAUAGUUUUACAAGUCCGCUUCAGGUUACUCCUUCAUGACGUCCAAUUCUUUUGAGCCAGGCUUCGCUUGUUUUCUCCGUUUCCUCUAGUCCUCUGUCACUCUUUUACUGUGUCACCGUGCCUUCUAGCUAGUCCUUAUUCCGGUUCUUAUUAUUUUUAUACCCAUACAGCCACACCUAAUUGAAGGAUCUUCAGACCUUCUUGACGAUCCAUACUUCCAUUCCUUUCAUAGUAACGCCCUGUACAUGAUGACCCAAUCUAUUCUACGGAAAGCUUGCU